AUGAUUCAAAGAUGUAACGACAGGAUACGCGAUGGAAUUAUGCCCCAGUGGUGGGAAGAGAAGCUAGAACAAUAUGAAAAGCGGAAGAAGGAUUACGAGAACUUGAUGGGUAGCGAGCCCGCGGGGCUUAGUUUCGAGGUGGUUAUACGCCUGAAAAGACUGGAGACGGUGAAAAGUAGUUUGCUCCAAGCCGAUGACAAGUACAACGCAAUUCCGAACAUUGACGCCAUCAUGAAAGAUUACCGCGCAGGUGGCUAUGUGUGGGACUAUGGUAAAGUUACAUAUUGGUCGAAUGGCAAGUUCCUCUGUGGCCCGAAGGAAUUUGAUGUCGACGAAUUUCUCUUGUUGCAUUCAGAGCAUGAUGGUCCAAAGGGAUUCUGGGCAGAAAUUCAUGAUAAUCCCGGGGACUUUUCCGCAUCGCCAGCUAUUGGUCAUACGCUUCCGCAGGGAAAUGACCCGGCUUGA